ACGAGUAGAUAGAGUUCGAAAUCAAAGUAAAUGGAGGGUAACGCUAACAGCAUAGAGAUGGAUAAGGAGAGACUUACAGCGGAGAUGGACUUCAACAAGGACUCCUCCUCCGCCGUCAUCAGGAUCAAACAGCGCUUGCCGGACUUUCUACAGUCCGUUAAGCUCAAGUACGUCAAGCUUGGGUAUGGCUACUCAUGCAACCCAGCUACCAUUCUCUUGUUUCUCCUCAUCGCGCCCUUGUUCGCGUCUGUUUUGGUACAGCUAACUGGUGUAGACAUAACCCGGUUCGUUACCGAGGUAUGGUCCAACCAAGCCGUCCGGCUCGAAAGCAUGGACGCCGCCACAAGGCUCGCCGGUUCAGGACUGGUCCUCUUCUUCCUAGCCCUCUACUGGUCCAAACGGUCCAGACCGGUUUACCUGGUCAACUUUUCAUGCUACAAACCUGACGAGGAAAGAAAAAUGUCGAUGGAGGCGUUUCUGAAAAUGACGGAGGAAACCGGCGCGUUCAGCCCUGAAUCAGUUGAGUUCCAGCGGCGGAUAUCGAACCGGUCCGGUUUAGGAGAUGAAACAUACUUAGCUCCUGGAAUCACAUCAAAACCUCCCAAACUCUCCAUAGACGAGGCCCGGUCCGAGGCCGAGUCCGCCAUGUUCGGCGCGCUCGACUCCUUAUUCAAAAAAACCGGAGUCAAGCCCAAAGACAUUGACAUCCUCAUCGUCAACUGCAGCCUUUUCAACCCAACGCCGUCACUCUCCGCCAUGAUCGUUAACCACUACAAACUCAAAACCGACAUCAAGAGCUUCAACCUCGGCGGAAUGGGCUGCAGCGCCGGCCUAAUCUCCAUCGACCUCGCCAAGGACUUGUUAAAAGCCCUCCCCAACUCCUACGCCGUAGUAGUCAGCACCGAAAGCAUAACUCUAAACUGGUACUUCGGCAACGAAAAGUCCAUGCUCCUCCCCAACUGCAUCUUCCGUUCCGGCGGCGCCGCCGUGCUCCUCUCCAACAAGAGCAAAGACCGCAACCGGUCCAAGUACGAGCUCGUCCACACAGUCCGGACCCACAAAGGCUCCGACGAGCGGUCCUACCACUGCGUCUACCAGCGCGAAGACGACAAGGGGAAAGUCGGCGUCUCCCUCGCGCGUGAGCUAAUGGCGGUCGCCGGCGACGCGCUGAAGACUAAUAUAACAACGUUGGGCCCUCUAGUGCUCCCGUUCUCCGAGCAAUUCUUCUUCUUCGUGACCCUUCUGAGAAAGAAAAUAUCGAAUGCGAAAGUGAAGCCUUAUAUCCCGGACUUCAAGCUGGCCUUCGAGCAUUUCUGCAUCCACGCCGGCGGCCGGGCGGUGCUGGACGAGAUUCAGAAGAAUCUGAACCUGACGGAGCGGCACAUGGAGGCGUCGAGGAUGACGUUGCACCGGUUCGGGAACACGUCGAGUAGCUCGCUGUGGUAUGAGCUGGCGUACGCGGAGGCAAAAGGGCGGGUCGGGCGUGGGGAUCGGAUCUGGCAGAUUGCGUUCGGGUCGGGUUUCAAGUGUAACAGCGCGGUUUGGCGGGCGAUCAGGCCAGUCGUGGAAGGGGACCAGCUAGGCAACCCGUGGAUGGACUGCAUAGAUAGGUACCCGGUCAAGGUGCCAGUCGCGCUGUAGUAGGGUCUCCACGUGGCGUUGUGUGGUUCGAGGGUAAUUUGGGUCUCUUACUCCCUGAUGGCCGUGUGGAAUUAUUUGUGGCUGGGGAUUUAUUGUGCAUUUUUUCUAUUUCUUAGGUGACUUUUUUUUUGUUUUCCUUGUAAUUUUAGUAAAUGUCUGUGAAGGGGGACACAUUGACAUUAUACUGGACUUUUCUAUUAAAUAAAUUGUUUAAAGAGAAAAACAAAAGGUGAAAUUAAAAGAACUUGGAGUACUUGUUUAAAGGCAUAGUCUCUUGUUUGUUAGUGGGAGAUUGUGU